UUCCACUAUGGGCAAGAAAGGCAAAGUUGGCAAGAGCCGACGGGACAAAUUUUAUCAUUUGGCGAAGGAAACGGGUUACCGUUCCCGCUCUGCUUUCAAGCUGAUACAGCUCAAUCGCCGCUUUCAGUUCUUGCAGAAAGCCCGAGCCUUGCUGGACCUGUGUGCUGCACCAGGGGGAUGGUAACUCUUGAAGCAGAUUGCUCCUGAUGGGUUCCGACCCUGCCCAGCUUACUUAGGGUUUUGUUGGAGGGUUGAGGGAUUCGGGAUCCCUCUCCCCAAUACAUAACUUCAGCCUCAUAUCUCUCUGCACCCCAGAGCAUAGGUCUCUCUUUAAACUUCAGGGGCAGUUUCUUUUCUUGAUUGCAAAGAAAAGGCUUGGAAUAUGAACAUAGGACAUGGCUCUGGCCACUCACUGCACUUGGCAGGGGCUCCUGACAACACCGGCUGCAGGUGGCUGCCAAAUUUAUGCCUGUGUCCAGUCUUAUUGUGGGAGUGGAUCUGGUUCCUAUCAAGCCUCUCCCCAACGUGGUGACUCUCCAGGAGGACAUCACAACAGAACGCUGCAGGCCCUGAGGAAGGAACUGAAGACCUGGAAGGUUGAUGUCGUGCUCAAUGAUGGGGCUCCCAACGUUGGGGCUAGUUGGGUCCAUGAUGCUUACUCACAAGCUCAUUUGACACUGAUGGCUCUGCGUUUGGCUUGUGAUUUUUUGGCUCGUGGUGGCUGCUUCAUCACUAAGGUUUUCCGUUCUCGUGAUUAUCAGCCUCUUCUGUGGAUCUUUCAGCAACUGUUUCGCCGUGUCCAGGCCACUAAGCCCCAAGCUUCUCGCCAUGAAUCUGCAGAGAUCUUUGUAGUCUGCCAAGGAUUCCUGGCUCCUGACAAGGUUGAUAGCAAAUUCUUUGACCCCAAAUUUGCCUUCAAGGAAGUUGAAGAUCAGGCAAAGACUGUGACUGAGUUGGUGACUAAGAAGAAACCAAAGGCCGAAGGCUACGCUGAGGGUGACCUCACUUUGUAUCACCGAACCUCCAUCACUGACUUCCUUCGAGCUGCCAACCCUGUUGACUUCCUGUCCAAGUCCAGCGAAAUCUUGCUGGAUGAUGAAGAAUUGGCCCAGCAUCCAGCCACCACUGAAGACAUACGGGCAUGCUGCCAGGACAUCAAAGUGCUAGGGCGCAAGGAGCUCAGGUCCCUACUGAACUGGAGAACAAAGCUUCGGCGACAUGUGGCCAAGAAGCUGAAAGAGCAAGCAAAAGCACUGGACAUCAGCCUCAGCUCAGGAGAGGAAGAAGAAGGUGAUGAGGAAGAGUCAACCACAAGGCAACCCUCUAAGGAGGAGGAGGAGGAGGAACAACUGAAUCAGACCCUGGCAGAGAUGAAAGCCCAGGAGGUGGCAGAAUUAAAGAGGAAGAAAAAGAAGCUACUACGUGAGCAGAGAAAGCAGCGGGAGCGUGUGGAGCUGAAGAUGGAUCUGCCUGGCGUUUCCAUUGCAGAUGAAGGGGAGACUGGCAUGUUUUCCCUGCGUACCAUCCGGGGUCACCAGUUGUUAGAGGAAGUAACAAAAGGGGAUAUGAGUGCUGCAGACACAUUUCUGUCCGAUCUGCCAAGAGACGACAUCUAUGUGUCAGAUGUUGAGGAUGAUGAUGAUACAUCUCUGGAUAGUGACCUGGAACCAGAAGAACUGGCAGGAGUCAGGGGACAUCAAGGUCUCAAGGACCAGAGGCGUGUGCAAUAUACUGAAGUGGAUGAUAAGGAGGAAGAGGAAGAAGAGAAUCCAUUACUGGUACCACUGGAGGAAAAGGCAGUGCUACAGGAAGAACAAGCUACCCUGUGGUUCUCAAAGGAAGGCUUCAGUGGGAUUGAGGAUCAUACUGAUGAGGCCCUGGAGAUCAGCCAAGCUCAGCUGUUGUACGAGAGCCGUCGGAAGGGGCAGCAGCAGCAGCAGCAGCCACUGCCAUCACCACCACCUUCCAGUUUGAGGACUGAGAAAAAGUCUCCCCAUUGUGACAAUGAGGCCUCUAAGGGGACAGAGGCUUCUUCAGGGACAGAAGCUGCCACUGGCCCUGGAGGGGAAGAAAGAGAUGGCACCUCAGAUAGUGGUGAUAGUAGCAGCAGUGAGGAUGAAGAAAGGUGGGAGGCACCCCGUGGUAAGAAGCGCAACCGUGGGCCUAAGACAGAUGACGAUGGGUUUGAGAUAGUGCCUAUCGAGGACCCAGUCAAACAUCAGAUACUUGAUGCUGAAGGCCUUGCUUUAGGUGCUGUUAUUGCCUCUUCCAAAAAGGCCAAGAGAGACCUCAUAGAUAAUUCCUUCAACAGGUAUUCAUUUAAUGAGGAAGAGGGGGAGCUUCCAGAAUGGUUUGUGCAGGAGGAAAAGCAGCACCGGAUACGGCAGUUGCCUAUUGACAAGAAAGAGGUGGAGCAUUACCGGAAGCGUUGGAGAGAAAUCAAUGCUCGUCCCAUCAAAAAAGUGGCUGAGGCCAAGGCCAGGAAGAAAAGGAGGAUGCUGAAAAAGCUGGAACAGACCAGAAAGAAGGCAGAAGCUGUGGUGAACACAGUGGACAUCUCAGAACGAGAGAAAGUGGCACAGCUGCGAAGUCUCUAUAAGAAGGCUGGACUUGGCAAGGAAAAACGCCAGGUUACCUAUGUUGUAGCAAAAAAAGGUGUAGGCCGGAAAGUGCGCCGGCCCGCUGGAGUUAGAGGCCAUUUUAAGGUGGUGGACUCAAGAAUGAAGAAGGACCAAAGAGCACAGCAGCGUAAGGAGCAAAAGAAAAAACACAGGCGGAAGUGAGCAGUGCUUACUGGACCUCUAAGAAGACUAGGGGAAGAGUUGGUAUGGCCCACUCUGGCCAGCUUGCAUGGGUACAGAACUCCCAUGGCGGUCCAGAGCAGAGAGGAAGAAGUUCUCCUGCUUCAAGGUCUCCCAUGAAAGUACUGCUGAACUGUCCUUACAGACCCUACAACCCUUCCAUGAAGAAUGUGGGGGUACUGGAUAAAAAGUCAGAGUGAAACCAUAAGGGGAAGUUCAGUGUGGGGUGGCACUCAUUGUAGCCCAAUCCUGGGGAUAUGGGGCUUAAUCUUAAGCUUUCCCCCAUCCUAUUCUUGAAUAAAACCAGGGCAGUGGAAGAAAUGUC